AUGACAAAGGGGGUUUUACUUGUUAUCGUGUCUUCUCUUACCUUGCGGAGGUCCCAUUCCGAAGCCCAGGAGGCAGCCCAGCAUUUGGGCGGAUUGCACAUGCCGCAAGGCAUUCUACAAUUGGGUGUUGGAUCCUCGGUUGCCACGCCUGUUUCCAGGAUUCUGACCUACUCCGUUGGCGAGGACAACAUGAUCGUGAAGUACUCCGAGAGAUUGACUGCUCAGUUCCUUUUGGAGGCCCGAGGCUACAGACGCAUCGAUUGGAAGACCGGGAACAACCUUGUGGGAGCUCCAAGCUUCCAGCCCGAUCCACCUACUACUACGGACUCCGAAGGCCCUGCCGAUCCUACCUUCAACCUCUGCUCCCUCACCCGGAACCCCGAGGGCAACUUGGCCAUCGCUUUGCCCCCCGGCAUCCGCACAAAGUGGUCGGAGGACUCAGCACGCAAGGAGGACUGGCGACACUCUUGGCAAAGUUCGAUGCUUCGCAGGAACGCCAACGUAACGCUCAAGAUCACUUCGGCUGUGGAGAAGAACCAGGAGCAGGCAGUGAACGUGUGCGAGGGCCAGCUGAACAAGCUGUUCUUGGUUCCCAACUUAGAAGUAGUUCAAUCAUUGAUCAUGAAGAGUCGCGCCUACGUUUAA